AUGCGCCCCUUAACCCCGCUGUCGGCAGACCUGCCCCCACUGAUAAUGGGCACAGCAACUUUCAAUUCGCAAUACAAUGAAGACCCCUACGCCCUCCCAACAACAGAAUUAGUCCAACGCGCACUUUACCGCGGAAUCUGCGCCUUCGACACAUCCCCUUACUACGGCCCCGCUGAAGAACUCCUCGGCCGCGCCCUUGCAACCGACUUCGUCCAAUCCCACUUCCCCCGCAACACAUACCACCUCCUCACCAAGGUCGGACGGAUCGCCUCUUCAUCCUUCGAUUAUUCCCCCUCAUGGAUCAGAUACAGUGUCCGCCGCAGUUUACAACGCCUUCAUACUUCAUACCUUGACGUCGUCUACUGCCACGAUGUAGAAUUCGUUUCACCAACUGAAGUCCUCAUCGCCGUUCGGGAAUUGCGUCGCCUUCGUGAUGAGGAGGGCUUACUCCGCUAUGUCGGUAUCUCCGGAUAUCCCGUUGAGGUGCUAGCGGAUCUUGCGGAAUUGGUUCUUCGAGAAACUGGUGAACCGCUCGAUAUCGUUAUGUCAUAUGCGAACUUCACCCUCCAAAAUACCAGGCUCCAAUCGUUAGCCUUGCCACGGCUUGUAAGGGCAGGAGUAGACGUUGUCCCGAAUGCAUCGCCGCUUGGAAUGGGACUACUUCGCCAGGACGGAGUACCCAUCGGAUCAAUGGGCGAUUUCCAUCCUGCACCCGAUGCGUUGCGUCGUGUGAUCCAUGAGGCAGCGGAUUAUACUACACGACACGGUGAGAAACUGGAGGUUAUUGCCAUCCGCUUUGCGCUGGAGUCUUGGUUACGGGAUGGUACAAGGGCAGGUGUAUUAGGAGCUCCCUUCGCAAGGACAGAGAAUUCCGACCCGGGAUUCUUGUCGGUCGCUAAUGUUGGCACUGGGAAGAAACUCGGCGCGAGCGUGAUAGGAGUCAGUAAUAUUGAGGAACUGGAUGAGAGUCUACGCGUCUGGCGCAGUAUCGUGGAUGGGCUGGAGAAUUGGAGUGAGGACGAUGGUGAUGGUUUUGAACCCGGGAUCCAAUCAGCUGAAAUAUGUACACCCAAUGGAGCUACUGGCGCUGUUCCUUCGUCUGCAGUUCAUGCGUCAAAUAUUCUGACGCCUUCCGAGGGUCUUCUUACCGAUCGGGCUUGGUCUCAGAAGCGUCAAGCUCAUGUUUUGCAGUUGGCCAAGGAGAUUAGGGAUCUUAUUGGGCCCCAAUGGGUUGAUUAUGAAUGGGCUAGUCCCGGGGUUGGGUUUCAGAAUCACUUGCCUGAUGAACAUGUCGCUGCUUUGCAGAAGAUCGUGGCGGACGAAACCAGUGGGAGAGGUAUUUUCGUUGAGGAGUGCAGCAAUAUGCACCAGGACCGUAUGCUCACCCCGCCAUCGGAUGUGGAGAGACAGCUAGCUUAG